CCGAUAAGAGUGGGUACAUGCGUAUAAACGCGUUGCAUUACGAACUCCUGUGUGUGUGCGCGGUUUCGUAUAUUCGGUUUAACUUUAGUCCCCGCGGUGUUUGGUUCAAUUCUAACCUCGCAGAAUGCUGACAGGACUUCGAAUUUAUUGGUAAAAUGUCAAAACGUUGGGGUAGCGACUAUGUGGUCACGGAGCACCGAGAUUUGCAGACGUAGGUGUUUUGCAGUAAAACAUUUGGACGAGGGUGCUGAUACCCUCAGGAAAUUUCAGAGGCAGAGUAAAUAUGAAAUUGGCACUGCAGAAUGGAAUCCAACCAGUUCCAAUUCUCAUCUAUGUGCUGUUUCUAGCAACACACGUAUAGAAAUAUUGUCGCUCACUGGAGGUGGUGGCUAUGAGUUGCAGACAACAAAUAGCCUUAAGGCACACACACGAGUAGUGAGUGACUUGAACUGGCAUCCCAAAGAACCAGAUAUUAUUGCUUCUUGUAGCAUAGAUACCUUUAUACAUAUUUGGGAUGUGAAAGAUCAGAGGAAACCUUGUUUAUCUUUGUCUGCAGUUGCAGGGUCUUCUCAAGUAAGAUGGAAUAGUUUGUCUCCUAAUAUAUUAGCCACAGCUCAUGAUGGGGAUAUUAAAAUAUGGGAUCAAAGAAAGGGAAAUAGUCCUGUGCAGUACAUAGCUGCUCACUUAACAAAAAUACAUGGCUUAGAUUGGUGCCCAUUUCAACAAAAUCAGCUGGCCACUUCUAGUCAGGAUUGUACAGUGAAGAUAUUUGAUAUUAGCAAUCCACGUAGAGCUGAAAGUAUUGUGACAACUGACUCACCAGUAUGGAGAGCUAGAUAUACGCCUUUUGGAGAAGGUUUGGUGACAAUAGUGGUACCUCAAUUACGACGCGGAGAGAAUAGUUUAUUAUUAUGGAACACAACUAAUCUUAGUGCGCCUAUUUACACUUUUGUGGGACACACUGAUGUUGUUCUUGAGUUUCAGUGGAGGCAUCAAAAAUUAGAAAAUGCUGACUUUGAGUUGAUUACUUGGUCAAAAGAUCAAUGUUUGAGAAUAUAUAAAAUUGACCCGUUUGUGAAGAAGCUGUGUGGACAUGACAUGGAUGAUGGUGCAUCUAUUUAUACUCAAUACUCGGAAGAUAAUAAUUUAAGAACAUUACAGUCCGUCCAGCAGCUACAACUUAAUGACACGCAAAAUGAUCGUGAAAUGAAUUGUGUAACAAAGGUUGACGAACCUUUGAUAAAUUCUGAAACAGAUACGUAUAUUGAGAAUAAUAAAGAAAUAUCGUCCCCUACGCAACCAAAGACUCUCCAACAAGAAUUUUCUUUAAUAAAUAUGAACAUACCAAAUAUAGAGGUCAAUGCAAUGGAUGCUGUAGAACGCACUUGUACUGUAACAGCAUCCAACAAAAGUUACAACGUGAUAUUAAAAGUUAACUUCCCCGCAAAUUACCCGUAUAGCGCGCAACCGACGUUCCAGUUCUGCCCUGGGACAACGAUUGACAAUACAACAAUGGCAAAACUGUUGAAAGUCUUAAAGCAAACUGCUCAACAGCGAGUAAAAAAGAACAGAUCCUGUUUAGAACCGUGUCUCAGACAAUUGAUUGCAACUUUGGAGCAAACAUGUAAAAAAGACGAGAAUGAAAGUAAUCACAUAGGAUACGAUAUUCAAGACAACGCGAAUUUUUUAAGUUCCUCUAAUAUAUACACAAACUAUCAGGACGCCUAUAUACCCUUCCCUAGAACAUCGGGCGCAAAGUUUUGUUGUGUCGGUAUUCUUGUAUGUUUUGGUCGUGCAUCGUACACCAGAAGAACAUCGAUGAAACCGGAGAGCACAACACCCAGGGCUCUGUCUGCGUUAGGGAACGGAAUUGGCAAUGGAGAACAUUUUAUGCACAUAUAUUCGAAUUCAUAUGUACAGUCAAACGACAACAUUCCCAUUAGUUCCUUCUAUUUUCAAGACCGUAAACUGAAUCGCGGAUUACACAAUACUGGCAGAAUGACUCACAGGUCAUGUUGUAAAAAUUAUCAUUUCAUGGUAAUCAUAUACGAUGCUUCGUCAUUAUUUUUCGUUAACAAGGAGCUCGCUGAAAAAUACGUCAUCAAUAUCACCGACAUCCCAGCGAUGUGUCAAUACAAUGCAAACGUUGCUGCGCAGUUAGAACGUCCCGAUUUAGUUCAAGCAUGGUGUUUAGCCGCCCUUGUAAUAUCACAACCGGUUUCAAACGUCGGACAAAAUUCUUACCAAUCGCCUGACAUAGAUGCCCCUUGGCCAUUGCAUCCUUUUGGCCAGAAUUUAAUUCAUUCCUUAAUACAGCAUUAUGCCAAUCAAUCGGACAUUCAAAUGGCCGGUAUGCUGAGUUGCGCAUUCAGUUACCGUUCAGAGAACUUAGACGUUCUUCAGACGCGGCUAAGUAGCAAAUCCGUUAACGUCAGUAGGCUUUCUACAGGAAAAUGGUGGUUGAAGCCUGGUGGGUCACCAUAUCAUACAAUACAUCUAGCUGAUACCACGUUAGAAGGAUGGAACUUUCAAAAUUUGAAACAACACAGAUCCAAUUCGUGGUCCGACUCCCUUGACGAUUUAAAAUGUAUCCAGGAUUCGUUUGGUGACUCCGUAAAAAAUAUUAGGCUACUCGAUGAAAAGUACACUACUCUUUACGAUGGGUACAAGAAAGCAUAUGCAGAAGUGUUGCACAGGUGGCGUUUGCUAGAUGCUCGAGCUCAAGUAUUGAAACAUGUCAGCAUAACUCCUCUGGAUACGCACAAAGGUGUCGAAUUCCAAAGUGAAUGCCAAAUAUGUACUAAAGUUAGCAGAGGUCCCCAAUGCAUUAGUUGCAAACGCCUCGCUUUGGAAUGCGUAAUCUGCCACAUCUCCGUAAAGGGCCCAAGUAACUUCUGUAUAUUUUGUGGUCACGGAGGACACACACAACACUUAGCAGCAUGGUUCGCUAAUGAGACACUAUGCCCGACAGGCUGUGGAUGUUAUUGCCUGCAGGAGUGUUCCGCUCUUUUAAAGGUGUAAAUAAUAUAAAAGAGAAUUUGUACAUAGUUGA